UCUCUCAGAAUGGCGGCCGGCAGCGGCUCCAAGGCUGCUGCCGAAUUCAUUGUCGGUGGGAAAUACCAACUGUUACGGAAGAUCGGGUCCGGCUCCUUCGGGGACAUUUAUCUGGCGAUGAACAUCACCAACGGUGAGGAAGUGGCUGUGAAGCUGGAGUCGCAGAAGGCCAGGCACCCUCAGCUGCUGUACGAGAGCAAACUCUAUAAGAUUCUCCUAGGUGGCGUGGGCGUCCCCCACAUACGGUGGUAUGGCCAGGAGAAAGACUACAACGUGUUAGUCAUGGAUCUUCUAGGACCCAGCCUCGAAGACCUCUUCAAUUUCUGUUCAAGAAGGUUCUCAAUGAAAACGGUGCUUAUGUUGGCUGACCAAAUGAUUAGUAGGAUUGAAUAUGUGCAUUCAAAGAAUUUCAUACACAGGGACAUCAAGCCGGAUAACUUUCUCAUGGGGAUUGGACGUCACUGUAAUAAGUUAUUCCUUAUUGAUUUUGGUUUGGCCAAAAAGUACCGAGACAACAGGACCAGGCAACACAUCCCAUAUCGAGAAGAUAAAAACCUCACCGGCACGGCCCGAUACGCCAGCAUCAACGCACAUCUUGGCAUCGAGCAGAGUCGCCGGGACGACAUGGAGUCCAUGGGAUACGUUUUGAUGUACUUGAACAGAUCCAGUCUGCCAUGGCAAGGACUGAAGGCUGCAACAAAGAAACAAAAAUAUGAGAAGAUUAGUGAAAAGAAGAUGUCCACUCCUGUUGAGGUUUUGUGUAAGGGGUUUCCUGCAGAGUUUGCCAUGUACUUAAACUACUGUCGUGGGCUGCGUUUUGAGGAGGCCCCGGACUAUAUGUACCUGAGACAGCUGUUCCGCAUUCUUUUCAGGACCCUGAACCAUCAAUAUGAUUACAUGUUUGACUGGACAAUGUUAAAGCAGAAAUCGGUACAACAGGCACCUUCCAAUGGGCAGGAUCAGCUGGCCCAAACCUCCGCAGAUGCAGAGCUAUACCUGUGUAAACCCUGAAAGUAUUUGCAGAAGAAAAUUUCAAAUGGCAAAAUGCUGUCAGAUAUAUUGGCUUGAAGCAUCAGGAAAUAUGAAGAUAAACUCAAAAGUGGUGAAUACUAGCACCACACAGCAUCUUCCAAAAAUUAAGCCCAAGGACUAACAGAUGAACCAUCUCAAGUCAGACAGCUGUGUCCUGUUUCUGCAGCAGUGGGAUUCACUGUCAUUGAUGUAGGACACUAACAAUUGCAUCCUUCUGUCUAAUGGCCUAGAAGACACAGGCACAGGGGCUCUUGGCCACACACACCCUACAGAUGUGGCCCAGACACACAAGGCAGCUCAGGAAAACAUCUCCUGUGGCUGAAGACAAAACCAUAAGGACUAAUCAAGAUCCACAGCAAUGCUGGAAAAAGGCAGAAGAUCAGAACUGCAAUUAUAUCUAAAGGAGGCUAUGCAGGCCCAAACCUGUGCACUAAAUAUACACCGUGGGACAACGUGCCAACAUAGGUGAUCUAAACAGGAUAUAGACCAAUAACUAAAACAUUCAGGACACAUAAAAAAUCCACCUGUGAUGCGAAAAAUUCAAGAAAAGAACUAGAGAGAGGAAAGAUGCUCAACCAGUAACAAUACUGGGAUCAAUCACAUUAAAAUUAUCUAGAUGAUAAGGAUCUGAAUGUGCUUCAAAAUUCACUUACUGAUUCUCCUAAGUGGAACAGAAAAAUUAAAAAUCCAAACAUAGAAAUACAAGUUACAGAAAAGA